UUCCUGUUUCGUUUUAUUCCGGACUUAUCAUACAAUUCUCUAUUUGUUGAACUCACUGAAAGGACUUAAUCCUGCCAGACAUCAGCCCUGCGUUCAGUAGCAUCGUAGUGUAUUUACACAACAGACAAGCAAUCAUCUUUACUGAACUUAUAGCAGGAUGUCUGCUGGUCCCAAGCCCACAAAAAUGGAGAGGGGGUCCGGCAAAUUUAAUUGCAUUCAUUCUAAGACAGUUGCUGUUGCUCUCAAACGAAAGAACCAUGCUGUCAUUUGUAUAGUAGCGAGCAUCAUCCUAACGUUGAUUUUUCUAGUUUUCAUAAUAAUGUGGUCUGUUAUAAGAGAACCUUUAACAAUGUCAAAAGAAAGCUUAGCAUGCAUUCCUUGCAACAAAAUGGAACACAGUUCUAACAAAAACCUAGACCCUGCUGCUGGUAUCAAAAGGAGAGACGAUGGGAUGUGCUGCGGAUCUGUCGAAAGCAUUGCGCAGAUGUUGUUUCAAAAGGAAAUGGCAGUUCAGUAUUACUACAGCAGUUCCAGUGGAAGUCUCAUUGACAUGGCAGAAGUGUAUGCUGACUGUGAAAGGGAAACAAACGACAAGCAACCCAUUGCUAAAGUAGUUGGAAUUGUGGAGUGCACUCCAAGCUACAUAGUUGAGGGUCAUUACAAGGUCCUGUGGAAUAAAAACGGUCGAACUUUUUAUGCCAACAAUUGCGUCCACUUGCAACUCGAAGGUGAGAUAUUUGUCCGGAAGGCUGGCUACUACAUCGUUUCGUCGCAGCUGAAUCUACGGAGACGACGUUCAGAGACAAACACACCGAUAAAUGAAACCAGACCAACGACGUUCAGUCAUCAUGUAGACCUGCUCUCACACAUGUAUGGCACAACUGGUGUGCUGAUGCAAACCAAAAAAUCAAUUGAAAUAAAUGGGGUUCACUUCACAAGUUUCCUGUCAGCGGUUUUCAAGCUCAACAAGUAUGACAGGCUCUCUGUGUCUGUAUCGCAUCCUGAAUUGUUAGACUUUAACAAUCCCAAUGAUCAUUUCCUGGUGUAUUACACUUAUGAUCAGCCAAACUAAAAUACGCUUCAAUUACGUUUUACUUUAGCAUAUCAAUUCAAAGAAAACUAAGUAAAAGAACAUGUUUUUAAAAGUUCCCACAUAAACCCCAUAAGCAGUGCCUCAUAUUUUUUUCAUAUGCAUCUAUAUUCCGACACACGACUUUUAACCAAGGAUGAUUCAUAGUCACAUUGAUCUUGAAUAUCGUGCUGACAAAUAUAUUAACCAAGAUUCAUGAAGAUCGGGGAAAAACUGUUGUAUUUGCCCGCUUUUUGCCAAUCGAUAACUCAGAGUUUCGAUUAAAAAUAUUCAUUUUCAAGGCUCUUCAGUUGAGGAACACAAGUGUUUAUAUCUGGGAGUAGGAUUUUGUUAGUGGUCCCCGUUUAUAAAAAUGCUGUAAUGUUUAUUGCUAACCACUGCAAAGCUAGAUUAAUUAUAAGUUUUUAACGAACUACACAUCAUCGAUGUACAAAGCUGUUAUUCCUUUGUUUAUUUUGCUACUUACAAGUUUGAUUUUUCAAUGUAUACGAUUACCCUUUAAGUUAUACUUUUUAAACAACUAACCAUUUUACAGUGGUAUGUCAACUAGUGGAACCCUGCGCGUGUGCACUGGCCGUACAGCCGGGAAAACUUGUUGAUGUUAUCACUGUUUUCGAUGCUCUUAUCCAAUUUUCCUAUUUGUAUUUGUAUGCAUGAAUAUAUCGAACGGCUUUUGUUAAUACUCGCACCAAUAUGUGUUCAUUUAAACAAUAUUGUUACAUAUAAACUUUAAUUUCCAGGUCACAAGCUCAUUGUUUUUAUUUAUUUAAUAUGCUAUUCAUGUCAAAAAAAUAGCUCAAUGAUCUAAUGCUUCUUGUUAAUACAUACCAGACUUCAAAUAAAGAUUCUUGUAUCUAUUGUA